UGAAACUUCCUGAAAAACUGUCAAAUUGAAUUUAACAGUCAAGGGUAGAACCAUAUAAGCGUAGUAAAUAUUUUAGUGCUGUGUAUCGUUCCUACGUCGGCAUAGUACUGUGAUAUGUAUAUACAUACAUAUAUAGAUACAUGAUACGUGUUCUCGUGAUACGAAUUUUGUAAUUUAAUGAUCUAUUGUACUUUAUAACAAAUAAAAACAAUGAAAGGAUGCCAUGGAUGAACACAACGAUGAUCCUUAUGAACAACAGCUUUAUGCUGUGUUUCAAAGUUGCUUAACGAAAGAAGAAACUGAAUUGCAGGAGGAUAAUUGGCUUAGUUUAUGCCAUAAAUUAGAUCUUACAGAACAGAGCGAAGAGCUAAAAUCUUGUAUUCAGCAAUAUAAGCAGGAAAAGCAGUCUAUAUCGUUUCAAGAAUUUAGGACAGCUUUAUUGACUUUAUUAGGCAAAACACAAGAAUUAAUUACUCAUGUGGAUAAGGAUUUUUCACCAGAGUCGCAAAGUGAUAUAAGUUCAUGUAUUGUAGAUAGUAAAACAUGUAGCUCCGUAACGCCUAAUAAUUCCAGCUCUCGCAUAGAUAUUCUUAAUGUAAAAACAGGUGUGACAUUAGAUGAAAAUAGAUUAAAAUGUCUAUGGGAAAAAAUAAAUAGCUGUUUAAAGGAAAAUGUAGAUUCUGCAACAAUGUAUUUUAUAACCAAUUGUUUAGGAAUUCCAACUCUUCCAAAACAAAUCAUACAGUGCAUCUUUGAGAAGCUUGACCAAAAUUGUGACGGAUUAAUCAGUUUGGAUGAAUUUCUUAUCAUAUUUCAGAACAAGACAAUCGUGGAAGAACAAUUAACGUUAGAUAAGAAUAAUGAGUCUGCAAAGGAAUUAACUGAAAUAGAUUUUAGAAAACGUAAUUUUGAUAUACAUCCGCCUCGUAAAACGAGCUUCGCAAGGAGUAAUACUUUUCUGGAUACAUGGAAACAUUCUGGUAUGAAUACAUCUUUGUUAACGGAUGACAGUCUCAAAAAUUCUGAAAUUUGUCUAGCCGAUUUAACGACUACUUUGUGUGAUGAAUUGAAAAAUUUUAAUGAUUCAUUAGAUCAUCCUGCAAUUCGAUCACAUAUAAUGUUGUUACGAGAUGUUCUAAUACUAUAUCAAGAGGAAUUACAUAAUUUAAAUCUUAUGAUAGAGAAUAUAAAUGGUGAGAAAGAAAAAUUACGCAUUGAUAUUAUAAAAGCUAAUGAACGAGCAAACACUCUCGCUCAAGAAAUUGAUGAGCAACAUAAUCGACAAGAAGAGGUUGUGCAAAGCUUACGGAAGCAACUCGAACAACGUUACUCUGAAACUGUACUAGAUCUUUCAAAUCAACUUAGUUCUGAGCGAGACACAAGUGCUAAUGCUUUGAAAUCGAAGGACGAUCAAAUACAAACAUUACAGAAAGAGAAUCAUGAAAUUAGAAAUAAGUUUGUAAAUACGUUACAGGAAAAUCAAAUUUUAGAAACUGAAAAUGAGAAUCUUCGUAGUCAAAUUGAAAAGCUUAAACAAUCAAAUAAUGAGUUGCUAAUUCAGAUGAAAAUAUUGGCGGCAGAACAUGAUGAGUCGGAAAAUAUAGAAAUGAAGCAUCAACAAGAAGUUAUAUAUUUAGUUGAUCGUAUUAAACAGAUACAGUCGGAAGCUGUUCUUUUACGAGACCAAAAUGAUGAACUUAUGGCUGAAUUAGAAACUUUAAAACUACGUUAUACCCAUAAUAAAGAUACACGACGGAAUCAUUUAUCAAGCGAACGUGUAGCAAGAAACAUUCAGUCCGAUGAAAUAGAAGACAAAGAAGCAUUUAUAGUGGACGAAGAAGAUGACUUAGAUGUACUUUUAAAACAUUCCACAUCCGUCCCUUGUAUUUCCAAUGAAGAGGAGAACGUGAAAAAUUGUAGAAAGAUAGAUUCAACAAAUGUUAAAAACUUGGUUAUAAAACAAUUAAAAAAUAUUUUAGCGAGUAGUAACAUAUGUACUUUUGAGAAUUGUGUAUUUAGAGAUGAAAUCUCAAGAAUAAUCGUGAAAUUACAAUUAAAUUCGAAUGCGCAAAUGUUUAAAGAAGCUGAUCCUAUUAAAAGUAUUGCAUCCGAAAUGGAAACAGAAUGUGAAGAACGAACGAGUGAAUCGUUAAGAGAUUUUGUUGUUUCUAAACAACAUAAAAAUUCUCUUUCUGUUAAACGAGUUACGAUAUCCAAUAAUAAUGAGAAUAAUUGUGAUGUCGAUGAUAAUUUCAAUAAUCAAGAUCUAAAAAGCGCAACACAAAAUAAAGUUCCAAGUCUCAGAGAUUAUCCUCCUCGAAAAGAAGAACAUAUAACUAUGGAUCAUUCAAAGUCAAGUAAGGAAAAAGAAAAGAUAACAAAUGAAAUCAGUACAAAAAUUAAUUCAAGUUUAGUGAAAAGUGAGUCUGUUGAAGAUGUUAAUUUUCUGAAUUUAAAACUACAAGAACUUCAAACGGCACAUGCUACAGAAAAGAAACAAUUAACCGAACAAUGUGCAGAAUUAGAAAGAAGUCUUGAUUUAUUGCAAAUAGAAUAUGAAGAAUGCGAAGAUUAUUGGACUGCUAAACUAGAAGAAGAAAGACAACUUUUUGAACAAGAACAAAAAAUUAGCGAUGAAAAGUUUUCAGAACUUAUAGCUAAAAUGGAAGAAUAUGAAGAGCUAAUUAGUCCAGUAGAUAAAGUAAAAAGUAGUGGACGUCUGUCUCCAAUUGAAGAGAAGAUCAAUUUAGAACAACAAUAUCUAGAUCUUGAUGAAGAAUUCGAAAAAUGGAAGACCCAAGUGGAAGAAGAAAUAUCUCAGAAAGAUAAAGAAAUUAAAUGUUUGCAUGAAACAGUGAAAUCCUUAGAACGGCCAACAAUGACUGAUAUAUCUGUUCAAGUUACAGACGAGUUUCUAUUUUCGCCUUUAUUAAUACGAUCAAAUUAUGUUCCUAAUAAUUCAUUUAACGUUCAACCGUCCAGUGAAUCUACUUCCAUGUUUACUCAAUGUAACGAUAAUAUUCGUAAACUUCCUGAAGAAUUUAAAUACAAUCGAAUGUUAGAAUCUUCUGCCUUAUCGAAUGACUUUAAUCCAUGUGUAACAAAGGAAAACUUGGGCAUUAACAAUUGUAAUCUGCAUCAAAUGCAUACACAGUAUUCUGUCAGAGAUGUAAAUAGUACGUGUAAAUUUGAAAAGCCAGAAUCCCAUUGGAAGACAACAGAAGUUUGUGGAAACUUUGCAAAGGAUGAAAGUAUACACGAUAAGGAAUACGACUUAAUGCAGAAUUCAUUAAAGUCGCAAGCUUUAAGAGCUGCAAAUUGUCAGUGCAUACAAAGUAAUGCACAGAAACAAGUAUGUUGUGUAAAUCUAAAUAUACUACACAACUUAAGUACAAAACUUCAAACGCAAGAGCGUAAAAAACACCAAUUGCAAGAAUGUUUUAAGCAACAACAAUAUCAAGUUGAAUGCGUAUUACAACAUAUUAUAUCGCAACAUCGAUUAGAAGUAUCGGAAUUACAGUACCUUCUUCGUAAUACACAAAAAAGGUUACAAAUAGAAUUUCAAACAAGCGCAGAACAGGCUGAACGAUUGGCGCGAACUGAUAUAUUAGUAAAAGAUUUGUAUAUAGAAAAUGCGUGUUUGUCAACCAAUUUAAAACGUUUACAACAGCAUUAUCACAUGUUAACAGGACUGAAUGCUGAAUCUACUUCAAUAUGAUAUUGCAAACAAUCGUUAUUAAUACGUAGAAAGCAGAGCUCUGUUAAUAAAGUAUUGGUUACAAUGUUAAUAAUGUUCUAACGUCAAAGUGUGAUUCUGGGAUAAAUGUGACCUUACCUAAAUUAUCAUUAUAGUGCAUAUUGUUUCUUUUCGGUUCGAAUGUCUUUAAAAGAAUCAUUGUUAAUAAGACUUAUAAUUGUAGUUCUUUCAGUACAGAUUAUUAAAGUUGAAUUGACAUUAGGUCAUAGAAUGCAUAGUUUCAAAACUUAAAAAUAGUCAAUAUUUAGAAAGUAAAUAUGUAUACACUAUUUUUAGCUUUGAUGCCUCAAAUGUGUGCGCACGCGUGUAUGUGUGUGUAUAUGUAUGUAUUACAACAUCAACGAAAUUAAACAAACAUUUCUUAGGUUUCAUCUUGUUUAUACGAACAUAGGAGACUAUUGAACUGCAUUACUAUAAAAUUUGAUAUAAUUUAUUGUAAUGUUAUAUAUAUUAUCAUGAACAAAGGAUGCUAUUAUAUACUCUUGAUUUUUAUUAAUUGGAUUUAAAAUAUUCAAGAUUAGUUCUUGUACUUCGGACGAGCAUUACUUAUCUAUAAAUCCAAAUUUUUCAAACUCAAAUCGAUAUAAAAAAUCUAGUAAAGCUAUUUGUGAUUUCCUUUAUAAUAUUAAUAAUCGCUGAUGCAAAUUUGUAAUCUGUUUUAUUAUAUGUAAGUAACAGUUACAAAUGUAUUAUAUUUUACAACCUCAACGAAUUUACAUUCUUAGGUAUAUAAUUUACAAAAGACCAAGGGGAAUGAGAAAAAACCAAUUUAAUCACUAAUUAUGGCGCAAAAAUAUGUAAACUUAUAAUCGUUUAGGUUUAUACUGUUUAAGUUAUUAUGUACGAUGCAGACAGGUAACAGUUAUUCGUUUACAUCUUUUAACAUAUAUGCCAAAGAUAAAAGUAUUGCGUAAAAUAUGACGUUGAUAAUCAUGCUUAGUACUUGUGACAUAUAAGUGAUUGGGUUUUCAUUAUAUAAUUUCUUUCAAUUAUUACUGUAAACAUAACAGUAAUUAUUUUGUUACAUUCUGGUAUGUAUCGCUUAUAUUGAGAACG